AGGCCGCUCUCGUAGGCAGCCAACGCGAGGCUGAGCCGCGCCGAGCCCCGCGUCGUGCCCUGCGCUCCGCUCCUGUCCACACUACCGCGAACAAUACAGAGUCAAGAUGGCUAAAGGUGAUCCGAAGAAGCCCAAGGGCAAGAUGUCUGCCUAUGCCUUCUUUGUGCAGACGUGCCGUGAGGAACACAAGAAAAAGAACCCAGAGGUUCCAGUCAACUUUGCAGAGUUUUCUAAGAAGUGCUCAGAGAGGUGGAAGACCAUGUCAAGCAAGGAAAAGGCUAAAUUUGAUGAAAUGGCAAAGGCUGAUAAGGUACGAUAUGAUAGAGAAAUGAAGGACUAUGGACCAGCUAAGGGUGGCAAGAAGAAGAAGGACCCCAAUGCCCCAAAACGACCGCCGUCUGGCUUCUUCCUCUUCUGUUCAGAGUUUCGCCCCAAGAUCAAGUCCACGAACCCUGGCAUAUCCAUUGGGGACGUAGCGAAGAAACUGGGCGAAAUGUGGAACAACCUCAGCGAUGGUGAAAAGCAGCCUUACAACAAUAAGGCAGCCAAACUGAAGGAGAAGUACGAGAAGGAUGUUGCAGACUACAAGUCUAAAGGAAAGUUUGAUGGCGCAAAGGGAGCAGCAACCAAAGCUGCUCGGAAAAAGGUAGAGGAAGAAGACGAAGAGGAGGAGGAGGAUGAAGAAGAGGAGGAUGAAGAUGAUGAUGAUGAAUAAAACUGUACAAUACUUGUCUCCAUGUGAAUACCAUAGAGUAGGGGAAACACCGUAAAUGAAGCACCUCUUAUUUGAGAUGGUGUCUCUUGCCCUUAUUAGGCUUAAUUAAAAAAAAAAAAAAAAAAAAAUUGGAUUCCGAUCGCGUUGUAGUUUCUAAAAGUGCUCUAGAAAUUGUAACUGGUUUACAUGAAGUGGCCAUGGGUGUAGUGAGCACCCUGAAACUGUAUCAAAGUUGUACAUAUUUCCAAACAUUUUUAAAAUGAAAAGGCGCUCUAGUGUUCUCCUAACUCUGUGCACUUUGCUGUUGGUGUAACAAAGCAUUUAAAAAUGUUUCAAGCAUUUUUUUUUUUUUUUUUUUUUUUUUUAAUUUGUAAGGUGGUGUUACUAUAUGGUUAUUGGCUAGAAAAUCCUGGGUUAUAAACUGUACAUAUCUAUAGUUUGUAAAAACUAGACAGAUUUCUUGUGGUACAUGCUUAGAGUGAUGAUGCCUUAGAGGAGCAGUGAUUACUUGGAGAGGCUGUACGUUCCCCGGGGUGCCAUGGCCCAAAGCAUGCACUGUGAGGGUAGAUCUAUUUACACUACAGUGGGCGUCCAUUUAGCUUAAAGUUGUCUUUCUGUAUAUAGUGAAAUAGCAUUCUGCUGCCAUUCUUAGUUGUUGGAAAGGGGGUUCAGCUGGCAUGAGAAGUGUAUGGGUUUUUUUUAGUUAAGUGCGGUAGUUUUUAAACUGAAACUGUAGACAUCUCUUCAUCGUCAACUAAGUGAAGAGCCAGUGCAGCAACUGAAGUUCAAAAACACUCUGUACUUAAACAAAUUUGCAACGUUCUGUUUUUUUUGUAUGUUUAGAAUGCUGAAAUGUUUUUGAAGCAAAAAUAAACAGUAUUACAUUUUUAAAA